AUGGCUGGCGCAUUCUCUGGCCUCUUGGCAUUUUUGAUAAGUAAGAUGGAUGGGGUCGGUGGAUUAGAAGGUUGGAGAUGGAUCUUUAUUCUCGAGGGUAUAUUAACAGUUGUCGUUGCUGCCAUUUCAUUUCUCCUCGUUUUGGAUGAGCCUUCUACAGCAAAGUUUCUUUCAGAGAGGGAGAAAGCUGCAAUCAUUAGAAUGCUGGAUGACUCGCGAGCAACAACUACUAGCGCCGAGCAACUAGAAGAACAAAGUGCAUUCGAUUUAAAACAGAUUAAGGCAGCAUUUUUGGAUUGGCAGGCAUGUGCUGUCUACGCUUUGUCCCUGUUCCUCCCAACAAUCAUCAAGGGCCUUGGCUAUAGCUCUACAAAUGCUCAACUACUAACCAUCCCUGUCUACUUCACCGCGUCGGUAUGCUGUGUCGUGGUCGGAUACUUCUCAGAUCGAUUUGGCCAGCGAAGUCUUUUCUCGCUCGGUUGUUAUAUGGCUGUAUUUGUUGGGUUCCUGAUUGCAGUUGCGCCAUCCAAAUUUAUCCCUGGCCUAACAUACGCUGGCACAUUCAUAGCUGCUAGUGCAAUUCCGGGGCUUCUAGCUUUGUCAUCCAAUAAUUACGCUCCGGCAACCAAGCGAGCUGUAGGAAUGGCGAUUCAAAUCGGCUUUGGUACCCUUGGAGGCGCUGCAGCAUCAAACUUCUAUCGAGCUCAAGAUGCCCCCAGAUAUCGACUCGGACAUGGCCUUGUUUUGGGCUUUAAGAGAGCGUGCGUGCAGCGACAAUUAUCAAGUGGAAAGGUUUGA